GAGCGUGGGGCGGACUAUACCACAGGGGCGGGGGGGAGGUAACGGGCCGGGCGGUACCAUGCGGCGGUGAGGCCGCCGCCGCCGCCGCCGCCGCCGGGGCUGUGGAUCAGGCCGGGGAAAGAAGAGUCGAGCCGCGGGUUAAGGAGCCGUCUCCGCCGCCGCCGCCGCCGCCGUUCGGGCAUGUCGUCCAACUGCACCAGCACCACGGCGGUGGCGGUGGCGCCACUUAGCGCCAGCAAGACCAAGACCAAGAAGAAGCAUUUCGUGUGCCAGAAAGUGAAGCUGUUUCGGGCGAGCGAGCCGAUCCUGAGCGUCCUGAUGUGGGGGGCCAACCACACGAUCAAUGAGCUCAGCAAUGUUCCAGUUCCUGUCAUGUUAAUGCCAGAUGACUUCAAAGCCUACAGCAAGAUCAAGGUGGAUAAUCAUCUCUUCAAUAAGGAGAACCUACCCAGCCGUUUUAAGUUUAAAGAGUACUGCCCCAUGGUGUUCAGAAAUCUCCGGGAGAGAUUUGGGAUUGAUGAUCAGGACUACCAGAACUCUGUGACGCGUAGUGCCCCCGUCAACAGUGACAGUCAGGGCCGAUGUGGAACACGCUUCCUCACCACCUAUGAUCGUCGCUUCGUCAUCAAGGCUGUGUCAAGUGAAGAUGUUGCAGAAAUGCACAACAUCCUAAAGAAAUACCACCAGUUCAUAGUGGAGUGUCAUGGAAACACCCUUUUGCCCCAGUUCCUGGGCAUGUACCGCUUGACUGUGGAUGGCGUGGAGACCUACAUGGUGGUCACCAGGAAUGUUUUCAGCCACCGGCUGACUGUACACCGGAAGUAUGAUCUUAAGGGAUCCACUGUCGCCAGGGAAGCAAGUGACAAAGAAAAGGCCAAGGAUUUGCCGACCUUCAAAGACAACGAUUUCCUCAAUGAAGGACAGAAGUUGCAUGUAGGGGAGGAGAGUAAAAAGAAUUUCCUGGAGAAGCUUAAACGGGAUGUAGAGUUCCUGGCCCAGCUUAAAAUCAUGGACUAUAGCCUCCUGGUGGGCAUCCAUGAUGUGGACCGGGCAGAGCAGGAGGAAAUGGAAGUGGAGGAGCGGGCAGAGGAUGAGGAAUGCGAGAAUGAUGGGGUGGGCGGCAACCUGCUCUGCUCCUACGGGACACCCCCUGACAGCCCUGGGAAUCUCCUCAACUUUCCCCGAUUUUUUGGCCCUGGGGAAUUUGACCCAUCUGUGGAUGUUUAUGCCAUGAAGAGCCAUGAAAACGCCCCUAAGAAGGAGGUAUAUUUCAUGGCCAUCAUUGACAUCCUCACACCCUACGAUGCCAAGAAAAAAGCUGCACAUGCUGCCAAAACAGUGAAACACGGGGCUGGGGCGGAAAUUUCAACAGUGAACCCUGAGCAGUACUCCAAGCGCUUCAAUGAAUUCAUGUCCAACAUCCUGACAUAGUCAUCAGCCUUCAACCGGAACCAGAGUGCUGGGGUGGGAUCUGAAAAGGAUAGAGGAACAGGUGGAGAGUGGAGGUGUGGGGAGAGAGGUGAACUUUAGAGGAGAGACUAAGCAGCCUGCAACACUGAAACGAGACACUGUAGCAGCAUGUGCAAGUGAUAGAGAGAGAGUGAAUGUGUGUGUGAGUGUGUAUGUGUGUGUGUAUGUGGGGUCCAAUUUAUGGGGAUCUUCAUCUUCUGUGCACCCUCGAUUCCCCCACUUGACCCUGGUGGAAAAGUGGCUCUCUCUUUGUUACUGAAACACCCAGAGGCUGGGCAGGGCUCUGUUAGGUUUAUUUGAGUUUUGUUUUUUAAAUCACAUUGCUUCAACAUUGCUAUUUAUGAUGUUGUGUGCAAGUCAUCCUGUUCUCCCCCACCCAAACUCUCUUUUAAUGAAAAAGAAGCCCCAGUAGCCCUCCAUGCAUGGGGGCCCUUUAGAGCAAAGCACUAUGACAUCAGUAAGGAGAAUGUCAAGAACUUCCAAGCCUCCUGGGUUUGGUUGGAUGGAUUUUUUUUUUUUAAUUAGGGUAUCGAGUGCAGCUCUCCCCACUGCCUACCAUGCAUAAAAUCAAAAAUGAAAUUGUUCCUUCAUCCACACUUGUUCUAUUCCCUCCCCCAGCCCCCUACCUGGCCCAACACAGGCCACAGGGGACUGAUGGCCAAAGAUGUCAGAGUUUGGUGGAGUCCCUCCACAGGGGAGAGUGGUGCCCUUUGGAGCCAUUUGUUUAAAAGCUGCACGUCCAUGGAAUCAUGGCAGAUGUCUCCUUCUGAAAGUCUGCCUCCCAGUGGAUCCCAGAAGUAGAAAGUGCGCCUAUGGAUAUUAUAUCAUCAUGUGUUUAGUUUUUUUCCCCUCCUAAAACCCCAAGGAAGUUGAAGUGUGAAAAUCACCUGAAAUCUUGUAUACUUCCUCCCUUUUGAUCUAAUCUCCCCCAGCAAGCCUUAUUUUAUUUUGGACAUGUGGAUGUCCAAAUUCUUAGCCUGGGGAAAGUUAAAAUGUUCCUUCCAGAAUUUCUCCUCUAGUGAGAUCUUUCCAAGUACAAGUACUGCCACGUAGAUGUCUUGUUCUUCAACCUACGGUGCAGCUUUCAGAAGGCCUUGAGUCUAAUGAGCAAGGGAGUGCCCCUUUUCUAUCUGCACCCUCCUAAUGGCCCAGGAGUCGUUAAGGGAAACAUUCCCAGGAAGCUAAAAUUAACAUGCUUAGUACUAUAUGUGACCAAGAUGUGGCACCAUCUGGGAUGACUCCCCCCACCCCCCCAACAUACACCUGGAUUCCUAGCUAGUUUACCAUCCAUUGGUUUUAGAAGUACAUUUAGAAGUAAUGUUCUGUGGACUUCAUUUUGGGCUCACUCCUACCUGAGGGGCCCUGAUAAUUACUUUUGUUUCAGAAAUGAGCCAGGCAUAAGUCCCUGUGAGUUUGGGGAAGUUUCGCCCUCUUCAGAGAAAGAAAGCUCAGCCACAAGGGAUCCAGCCAAGUGAAAAUACUGAUUUGGGGGGAGGAUGACAUUCUUACAUCUUCUCUUUACUUAGGAGUUGGGCCAGCGGGGCAAGUUGUGGUUAAACUUGUAAAAGACACUAUGGGUUUGCUAUACCAUUUGGAAUGGGGUUUGGAUUCCUUUGUUGUACAGAGCUUUGAAGGUGGGAGUGGGAAGCUUUUGUCCAUCACCCUUUUGUUCUGGAUUCACUAUAGGAAUGGAUGAGAGAUGGGUGGGUUAGAUUUCUCCCAGUCCUGUGCUUUCUGGAUGGAACUAGGAGGGGUGGUGAGUACAGGGCAGCUUGGAUCACAUAUCUGCACCGAAGCUUCCAGAGUGACAGGACAGAACUUGGGCCCAAAUGACUUGCACAAAACCAGUCAGAUAUAGUAAAGGAAUUAUGUAGGAAUGAUCUUUGGACUUAUCACAUCCCUAAAUCAAGAAUGAAAAAUUAGAUCUGAUUCUAGACCUCUUGUCUCAAAAGUCCCAACACUUUUGCUCCCAUCAUUCUCUUUGGCCAUUCUGUCUGCUGAUCAUGUUGCCAUAAUGUGUAUAAAGAGUGCAGAUGUGAUUUUACCAGUUAAAGAUAUACUACCCAGGUAUCUAACUUGUUUAACAUUAAGGUUUUUAAUUUUUUUUUGAUAUAUUGUUUACAUUUUUUGAGAGGUAGAAUUGUUUCAAAUGCUCAUUUUGUUUCUAGACAGUAUUUUUGGUUGGCUCCCAGCCACAAGAUAAGAGUUACCAGCAUUUGAGUUGUGGUUUUUUUUUUUUAAGGGUUAAUAGACCGUUACUCAUUCAAUUUCCUGCUAUUUUUUAAAACCUUAGAUCUGGCCCUUUGGAAUUAGAAUAUUUAAAAGCUAUUCAUCUUGGUUUAUUUUGAGUUUUCCCUUUUUUUUUAAUGAUUAAAAAAUGUCUUGCUUGGCUUUAUAACCUGAAUGUAGUAAAAAGGAAGGGAACUAGUAGUGUUCAAAGGCUUGUUUCCCCCUUAUCCUUUGGGCUGGUGGAGUUCACCCAGCUUUUUGUUAUGAUUUUGCACAGAAGAUAGCUCUAAGAGAUGAGAAGUUGUUGGUCUUAAUGCAUUUGAGAGCAAUUCUGGAGUCUCUGGAUUAAAAUGGCUUAAAACAGGAAAGGCAGGGUGGAAGGGAAGUUAGAGGGUCUGUCUUUUUUCCUUUAAGGGACUGAAUAACAUGUAUUCCUCCUAGUAACAUGUGACCUCCUCCCCUUUAGACCUUUCUUUUUGAAUUUCCACUGCUGCAAAUGAGAAUCCAGAAAGCUCCUUGUUAGUGAAGAAUUACUCUAUUACCUCCACAAUAAAGACCACUACCUAAAGGCCCUGGCCUCUUUAAACUCAAAGACCACUAAACUUUGCAUGCAUUUUUGCCCUGCCCCUACACUUCACCACACACAAACACAAACUUACCACCCCUCCAAAUCAGACCAGUGCAUCCCUAGAUCCUUCCUGUUAUUCCAUUGAGGGUUAGCAACCUACAACCUUUCUCUUGUCUUCAGCUAAUUUUAAUGUCAACUUUAGCCUGCCUUGUAUUAGGGAAAGAGGCUGCUAACUCCAUUAAACUUUGAUUGCUCUUGUUCUUGUUCUCAGGACAGGGCCUCCCCAGCUGGUGCUUUUGACACAUAUUUAUACCCUGGGUGGAAAAGGUACCCUUUUGGUUUUGCCCUCUACAUCCUGGUAAAAUGAGAAAAAAUUUUGGCCUUUUUUUCAAUUUAGAAUGGAGGAAAGAAUAUUGUUCCAGCUCAUUCUUAAGUAAAGCAGCCCCUUUCCUAAACAUCCAUGAAGGGGAACAGAAUUGUCAAGUCUCCCAUAUGAAACAAAUGUCUGAGGGAAUAGUUGGACAGGUUCAGCUUUUUCAGAGCAAAAGGGGGGGAAAUGACAGCAACAGAUACUCUUGGGUCCAGUGCAUGGCUCAUUUCAAAAGGGUCAGUUCCCUAUAUCUGAAAUAUGGCAACUUUGUAAGAUCACAAAAUUUGUAAUCAUCACCCCCCCCCCCCUUUUCCAAGUCUUAUCUUAAAGGGAUUCUUACCAUGUUGUGAUAUACUGUCUCCCAGGAAGGUUGGGGUGGUGGGCCUUAUGGAAGGGGGACUAACUUCUGGGAAGGAAUCUUUUCCCCUUGCUCAUAGUCACUGUAAGAGAUUGAAUGUGAUGCCUUCAAAGGAGUAAGUCCAGGACUGCUCCUUAUCUGAGAUCACACUCUUUAGCAGACAGAUCAUUGCAAUUGAAACAAAAUGUGAAUAGUUUUAGGCUCAACUCUUUGGGGGAAGGGAAAAACUCCACCAAUCAUGACAUCUAGAUUACCCACCGCUAUUUCCAUUUUUUUAAAUAGGAAUUUUCAGUCCUCUGUGCUUGUCUGUUUGCUCGGAGAAGUUUGAGACCCUAUUACUGUUUUGAAAUGCAUGCAUGUUACAAGAUGAAUCUCUGACCCAAGGGAAAAAAAAUAAAACUCCAAAUUUUGUGUA